AUAAAUAAACCAGAUGCACGCACACACACACACUCACAUGGCAUUGAGAGCAAGAAGCAGCAGAACCAACAGACAAUAGGCAGACCAAAAAGUCUUGAGAUAUUGGAAUUAUCAAACAAAGAAAGCCAUCAUACUUAGCAAGUUGAAAAAAAAGCAAAGAUAAUACAUAAUGGUAGGAAGUUAGAAAUUAUAAGAAAGUGACAAGGCAGAUUUGAAAAAGAACUAGACAGGUUUUAGAAUCAGAAAAUAAAAUAUCUGAAAUUCAUUCAGUGUGCUAGUUUAACAGAUUAGACAAAUGAGAAGUGAGCAUUAGUGAACUGGAAAAUAUAGUUCAGAUGAAGCUAUGAAAGAAGGAGCUUAAAGAGGAAAAAUAGAGAAAAUACUAUACAGAGAAAAGGAUAAGACUCAUUGAGGAUACAGAGAGAUAUCAUCUGUGUUUUACUGGAGUCCCAGAAAUAAAGGAGGAAAUGUAGGCAAAAGGAAAUAUUUGAAAGGAUAGACAGAUAGGCCAGUGGAACAUAAGAGUAUAAAAGUAGAUACCAGAAUACUUGAUUUAUGACAAAGAUGGCACAGUAAUGUGGAAUGGUUGAGAUUUUCAAUAAUUAGUAAUUAGAUAAUUGGGUGUUCACAUAAAAAACUUAAUUUGGACUGUUAUUAUAAAAAUAACUACAUUUGGAUUAUAGACCUAAAAGCAAAGUGCAAAACAACAAAGCCUUUAGAGGAUAAUGUACAAUACCUUCUUGACUUUUAUGUGGGUGGAGAAGAUUUAACAAGACACAAAAUGACUAUGUUACACUUAAGAACUUAAGCAAAAAACAGCAUUAACAGUCACAGAGGGAAAGGUAUUUGCAAUACAACCAACUAAAGACUUUUUUUUAUACAUCUUUAUUGGAGUAAUUGCUUUACAUUACUUAAUUAAUUACAUUACAUUAAUUAAUUGCUUGACAAUGUUGUGUUAGUUUCUGCUGUACAACAAAGUGAAUCAGCUAUAUGUAUACAUAUUACCCAUAUCCCCUCCCUCUGGAGCCUCCCUCCCACACUCCCUAUCCCACCUCUGUAGGUCAUCACAAAGCACCGAGCUGAUCUCCCUGUGCUAUGCGGCUGCUUCCCACUAGCUAUCUAUUUUACAUUUGGUAGUAUAUGUAAGUCCAUGCCACUCUCUCACUUCGUCCCAGUUCACCCUUCCCACUCCCUGUGUCCUCAAGUCCAUUCUCUACGUCUGCGUCUUUAUUCCUGCCCUGCCACUAGGUUCAUCAGUACCAUUUUUCUAGAUUCCAUAUAUAUACGUUAGCGUACGGUAUUUGUUUUUCUUUUUCUGACUUACUUCACUCUGUAUGACAGACUCUAGAUCUAUCCACCUCACUACGAAUAACUCAGUUUCACUCCUUUUUAUGGCUGAGUAAUAUUCCAUUGUAUAUAUGUGCCAUAUCUUCUUUAUCCAUUCAUCUGUUGAUGGACACUUAGGUUGCUUCCAUGUCCUGGCUUUUGUAAAUAUGCUGCAGUGAACAUUGUGGUACAUGUCUCUUUUUGAAUUAUGGUUUUCUCAGGGUAUAUGCCCAGUAGUGGGAUGGCUGGGUCAUAUGGUAGUUCUAUUUUUAGUUUUUUAAGGAACCUCCAUAGUGUUCUCCAUAGUGGCUGUAUCAACUUACGUUCCUGCCAACAGUGCAGGAAGGUUCCCUUUUCUUCACACCCUCUCCAGCAUUUAUUGUUUCUAGAUUUUUUGAUAAUGGCCAUUCUGACUGGUGUGAGGUGAUACCUCAUUGUGAUUUUCAUUUGCAUUUCUCUAAUGAUUAGUGAUGUUGAGCAUCUUUUCAUGUGUUUGUUGGCAAUCUGUAUAUGUCUUCUUUGGAGAAAUGUCCAUUUAGGUCUUGUGCCCAGUUUUGGAUUAGGUUUGGUUUUUUUUUGAUAUUGAGCUAUAUGAGCUGCUUGUAUAUUUCGGAGAUUAAUCCUUUCUCAGUUGCUUCGUUUGCAAAUAUUUUCUCCCAUUCUGAGGGUUGUCUUUUCGUCUUGUUUAUGGUUUCCUUUGCUAUGCAAAAGCUUUUAAGGUUCAUUAGGUCCCAUUUGUUUAUUUUUGUUUUUAUUUCCGUUUCUCUAGAAGGUGGGUCAAAAGGAUCUUGCUGUGAUUUAUGUCCUAGAGUGUUCUGCCUGUGUUUUCCCCUAAGAGUUUUAUAGUGUCUGGCCUUACAUUUAGGUCUUUAAUCCAUUUUGAGUUUAUUUUUGUGUAUGAUGUUAGGAAGUGUUCUAAUUUCAGUCUUUUACAUGUAGCUGUCUAGUGUUCCCAGCACCACUUAUUGAAGAUGCUGUCUUUUCUCCAUUGUAUAUUCUUGCCUCCUUUGUCAUAUAGGUGCAUGGGUUUAUCUUUGAGCUUUCUAUCCUGUUCCAUUGAUCUAUAUUUCUUUUUUUGUGCCAGUACCAUACUGUCUUGAUUACUGUAGCUUUGUAGUAUCGUCUGAAGUCAGGGAGGCUGACUCCUCCAGCUCCCUUUUUCUUUCUCAAGAUUGCUUUAGUUAUUGGGGUCUUUUGUGUUUCCAUACAAAUUGUAAAAUUUUUUGUUCUAGUUCUGGGAAAAAUGCCAUUGGUAGUUUGAUAGGGAUUGCAUUGAAUCUGUAGAUUGCUUUGGGUAGUAGAGUCAUUUUCACAAUGUUGAUUCUUCCAUUCCAAGAACAUGGUAUAUCUCUCCAUCUGUUUGUAUCCAACUAAAGACUUUUAUCUAAAAUAUACUGAGAGCAAAAUAAAACUGUAAAUCAGUGACAGAAAGGCAGCCCCGUGGCAAAAUGCUUCACCGAAGAUGAAACCAAAAUGAUCAAAGCCAACGAAUGGAAUCUUCUUGAGCAUGUUUCUGAUUGUUUUGCCAUUGGAAUCUAUGGCUCAUGGCCUCUUCCAUGAAUUGGGUAACUGUUUAGGAGGAACAUCUGUUGGAUAUGCUAUUGUGAUUCCCACCAACUUCUGCAGUCCUGAUGGUCAGCCAACACUUCUUCCACCAGAACAUGUACAGGAGUUAAAUUUGAGGUCUACUGGCAUGCUCAAUGCUAUCCAAAGGUUUUUUGCAUAUCACAUGAUUGAGACCUAUGGAUGUGACUAUUCUACAAGUGGCCUGUCCUUUGAUACUCUACAUUCCAAACUGAAAGCUUUCCUUGAACUUCGGACUGUGGAUGGACCUAGACAUGAUACGUAUGUUUUGUAUUACAGUGGGCACACCCAUGGUACAGGAGAGUGGGCUCUUGCAGGUGGAGACAUACUACGCCUUGACACACUUUUAGAAUGGUGGCGAGAAAAGAAUGGUUCCUUCUGUUCCCGACUUAUUAUCAUAUUAGACAGUGAGAAUUCAACCCCCUGGGUGAAAGAAGUGAGAAAAAUCAAUGACCAGUACAUUGCAGUGCAAGGAGCAGAGAUGACAAAAACAAUAGAUAUUGAAGACGCUGACCCACCGCAGCUGGGUGACUUUACAAAAGACUGGGUAGAAUAUAACUGCAACUCCACUAAUAACAUCUGCUGGACUGAAAAGGGACGCACAGUGAAAGCAGUGUAUGGCGUGUCAAAACGGUGGAGUGACUACACUCUGCAUUUGCCAACGGGAAGCGAUGUGGCCAAGCACUGGAUGUUGUACUUUCCUCGUAUUACAUAUCCACUAGUGCAUUUGGCAAAUUGGUUGUGUGGUCUGAACCUUUUUUGGAUCUGCAAAACUUGUUUUAGGUGCUUGAAAAGAUUAAAAAUGAAUUGGUUUCUUCCUACCGUGCUGGACACAGGACAAGGCUUCAAACUUGUCAAAUCUUAAUUUGGAACCCAAAGUGGAAUAUUGUUGGGAGUUCAUUCUACCAGUUAUCACUAACUUGCCAUUUUUUGCAUAUUGUAUUUUUAUUUGUAAAGAAUAUCUUGUUACUUCUGUAGCUGCUCUCAUUUUGUCUUUUCUCCAGUAAUUAUGGUAUAUGUAAGGUGUUGGGAAUAAGCACUAUUUUAUACUAAAAAUAUGUAGGGAGUCACAAAUGUUGACUUUGUAAAUGCAUAAGAGAUGUUAAAAAUAAUAACAAUGCACUUUGAGGAAUGUUUGCAUAUGCCUCUGAUUAGAAAGAAGACACUCUGCUCUGCAGUGGCCAAUGAAGAAUUACUAAUGCCUUAUUUUCUAGGCAUAGAUUAAAGAAUGUAAACCAGACAAUUUGUUUACUAUUAUAAGAAAACUACCAAUUUGCUUACAGAAGAUUAUUUUUUGUGAACAGUAGGUUUGAGUUCAAGGCCAUUUGAAGAAUUACAAGCUCUCUCUCAGAAAAGGGAAAAGGAAGAAGUCUGCUUAAAAUGAAUGCAAAAUUUGCUUGUAGUCCAUCACGUUUAGUUACUUGGCUAUGACCUGUUAUCGGUAUCACAGAGAAGCCCAAAUCACUGUUUAGGUCAAGACAUUCUUCAUAUAGGUAACUGUAAGAAGCUAGAGCCUACAAAUUGCUCCUUCAUGCAUUGUUAGGGGCCUAUGAAAGCACUGGCAGUUUUAAGGGUCUUUCUCAGGGUAACAAUGUUUUCUUAAUGAACAAUGUUUCCAGCUGCAAAUUCCUUCCAAAAUAAAUUGUCUUCCCUUUCAAAAAGUGAUCUUAAGAAAUUUAGCCAUUUGUCGUUGAUUUAGGCUAUUUUCAGUACUGAGAAAUGAUUUUGAUCUCUAGAGUUAAUGCUCUGUCAUGAAAACUAUUUUUCAGAUCCCCAUUACUGGUAACACUUUUUUCUACUGAAGGUCAAAGGAUUGGAAACAGGUGAUUUUUCUUCAUGUAUACAUGUAAUGUAUUAUGUAAAAAAGUAUUCAUAUUGGCAAUUUUACUUAAGCAUAAUGGUGUGGUUGUAAUUUUUAAAACUUAAUGCAGUGUUUUCUCGGAUUAAAGCAGGCAUGGAUCAGGGUAUCUCCUAAGAGGUAAUUUACCUCCUAUUCCCUUCCAAUAAUCCUUACAUUCUAAGUUUUCAUCUCUGAGAAAUAACAAGAAGGGAAUAGAAUUAAAUUGGGGGAUGAUCUAAUCUUUGUUGUUUAAAUGGUGUGACGUCUCACCAUUAAAGCCGUUUUUUCCAGCCUCAGAGAGAGUAAAUAAUGCCUCUACCAUCUUCUACCUGGUGACUUGAAGUUUUAGUUAGGAAGAAGUCACUUAGCGUCAGGGAACUUGUAUACCACUAUCUAUGCAGCGUUGUUAUAUAGAGUCUGAUUAUUUCUGCGUUUUGAGUAUGAUUUUCCUAAUGUUCUGAAUAAAAUUUUGUCAAAAAUUAAUUUUUCACAUAAUGUGCAAAUAACAGUUAUUGAAUGUUUUAGUGUAUUAAGAGAGAGAGUCAUAAAAAAUGUCCAAGUAUUAGAGUUCAUUGUUAGUAGCACGUUGAUUUAAAAUUUUCCAAUAUUUGGUUACAUAUUUAUAUAAACAUCAUCCAAAUGAAAUAGUACAUAGUGUUUCAUUACUAUUCAAAAAUAGUGUAGCAGACAAGCCAAGUGUUAAAAUUAUGAGCUUACAGCUAAAAAACAGUUUAAUUAACGUUAAGUAAAAUCAUCUUUUAAAUUCUGAGCCAGUAUUAAGCCAACUAGCUUUAACUAAAGUGUAUCUCUUUGAGAAAGCCAAACAUAAAAGUAUAUCCUACAUUCUUUAUAAAGUGAUACUAAGAUUUUACUAAAAAUCACAUUCAAAAGGUAGCAGACAUUUUUACAGCAACAAAGCUAAUAUUUUGAUAAAUAUUUUCUAUAAAGUACAACCAAAAAAGGUCUGGGCUAAAAAUGUGACUUGAGCCUAUUUAUUAAGUUUGAUGAAUUCUCCUACCCAUACAAAUAAGACACUAUAAAUGACUCUUAGGAGAUGGCAUCCUAAAUUAAAGAUGCCUAUUUAAAAACAUUCAAGUAUGAUAAAUGAUAGUAUGGAGAAGGAAUAUUACAGGAAGGCUAAAUUGAUUGGUUAUUUUUACCUAAAGAUUAAAAAACAGACCUGACAAUGAGACUAAUUUUCUUAUGGCUUCCAUUUUAUAUAUCAUGUUUAGGAAGGAGUUACUUGAAGUGAUAGAAUUUAUGUUAGGGCAAAAUUUUACCAUUCCACUAAAAAGAGAUAACAUGGAAAUGUUUUUCAACAUAAUGUUGACUUAAUUUGUUUCCUUAUAUGAUACCUUGCUAAAACCAUAAAAGACUCCCCUCUAAAAACAUCUUUUUCAAAUGUAUACACUGUUAUGUGAUAAAUUAAGGAGUCAAGUUCUUUUUCUCAUAAUUUUUUAGUUAUGUUAUUAUUUCAUUCAAAAGUUUAAUUUGCUCUGACUAAACUCUUGGGAUAUUUGGAUUUAUCUUUGCAUAGCUUUCUAUCUCACUCUUCUUAAUAAAUAUGAAAUUCUAUAGACAAGACCUUUUUCAGAAAACCAUUUUUAUGAACACUUUUCAUAAAUUACAUACUUUUUAAAAGUUACAUUGCUAAUUCAAAUGCAUUUAUAUUUAAUGCAUUAGUGGGUAGAAUUUUUUUGGAGUAAAAUCUUCACUAAAGUCUAUUUGUAACUGUACAUUUUGUUUGUAAAUUUUGGCUUGAAUAUAUUUGCUGUUUUGGAUACUGCAUUUUUUAUAGGUAUCCUUUCACAUUUAGAGCAUAGUCUCUUUCAAAAUAAUGUUCUACAUUACCUUUCCACAGGUGAUGUGAUAGUUAAUAUUAUGUAUGCCAAAAGAAAAUGGCUUAAUUUUAAGCAUGUGAUUAAGUAUAUUUGAUAGUAAGUGCUCAAAGGAGUUAGAUCUGUCAGUACUUUUGAACAUCUCCUCUGUUGGGAAGUAACUAGACUGUCAUCUCUUCAGGCAGAGGCUUGCCCAUCUUGGUAUUUCUGGUACACAAUUACCCAGAAGAGUGCCUUGCCUAUAAUUCUUAUUAUUUAAAAAAUAUUUUUGACUGAGUGAAUGAAUUUAGACUCCUAAUGAGAAAUUGGAAUAACUUGAUUGUAAAUUAUUACAUUUUCUUGACAGUUUUACCUUAAGUGGAUAUUACUUCAAGAUCCUCAUUAAAUUAAUAAUUACCAAAGACAGUUACAGAAUCAGUGAAAGGAAAACUAAUAUCACAUUUGUAGUUAAAGAGCCAUAGGAUCAAGAUUAGGGAAGGAAAAACUUUGUUUGAAUGAAAACAUAGCUGAUAUCAAUCACCAAAAAGUGGCUUUUUGUGGGUUGAGUCCCUUUUCCUCAUGUCUCCAAUAUGAUUAAGGUUGAAUCUUUCAUUGAUUUCCCAUUAGAAACAUAUAGACAGGUUGGAGAUUUAUCACAAAUGGAAAUUAUUGAAAGAAAGUCUGACAGAUGAACAAAGAAAGAAUUCGGCUGUGCCUGUCACUGACAACUAGACUGUAAAAUCAGAGAAAAUGGGCCUGUGAACAUAAGCAGGUUCAGGACAAGUUAGGGAAACUAAAAUUAUAUCAGCUUUGGAGUAUCCUCACUAGUUGCAACACAUAGGUGUACAGUAUGAUACAAUGAAAUUUAAGCAACAAUUGUUCUGAGCAACUAUUUUGAUAAAGUAAUUUACAUUUAUGUUUUUUAGGAGAUAUUACUUAGACCAAAGAUGAUUCAAAAUUGAAAUCUGUAGGCUAAUCACUAAGGUUUCUUCAAUAUUAAUAUGUAAAAACCCUUUUGAUUGAUUUAAAAGUCAAAUUGGCCAAUCAUCUUGUGUGAUGACCUCAGUAUUUUUUUUUUAAGUAUCAACUUAAAAUAAGUAGAGUAAGUAGACAAGUUUAGUAAAAUUCUGUUGUUACUGUUUGGUUUGGACCUAAAAAUCUUGAUCUAUCUUAAAUCAGUGUGGCAGGGUCAGUGAGAAAUAUGGCAUAUCUCCCUAGAUCAGCAAUAUUUACUCCCAUGUGAUGUAAAAAUAUUUUUAUAUUAAAACAUACCAAUGUACUGAGCAAUAUUUGCAUUAAUUUUUAGUGUAAAUCACAAGACUUCAAAGCAUUUUAAUAUUGCACUAGGUCCUUUGUUCUCCUUACUGCAGAACACUGAAGAUUCUUUGGACACAAUUUUGGACGUUAAUGAUACUCUAUAUUAAAAAGAAAAAAAAAUCCUUUGUCUUAUGUCCUGGAAACACAAAUAGCACGAUGAAUUUUCGCUAAAAAAAUAAUUUUGUUUGAAUAUAUAUGGAACUUCAGGUGGGUACUGUUUUAAUGCAGUUUUAUAAUAGAUAUUUCUAGGUUCUUUGGAGUCCUUAUACAUACUGAUUUCUUGUUCUACACAACUAGGUAUUGGUAAGGAAAGUGGGGUGAGGAUUUUGAUUUGUAAUCUACAUCCCCAUGCAUUCAUACUCAUUCUGACCUAUUUCUCUGCUAUCUAAUUAGAAGAGAUACUACUCUUUCCAAAACCUAACCUUUGGAUUCCUUUCCUCCUUUCUACAUAAAACUAAUUCAUCAAUAACAAUAAAAGUGACAAUGGCUAUCAUCUGUUGAAUGUUUUUUUAUGUUCUAGGCACUGUGCUAACCACUUCUGUAUACAUGAUUUCAUUAAACCCUCACAACCA